UUAAAAAAAAGUAAAAAAUGACAGAGAAAUUAUGUCUGGGCAAAGUUUUAAAUGAAGAUUGCGACAAAACGUAUUAUUGUAGAAUGAUUGGAAGAAUAAAACUAAAAGAUAUUGUGAACACAGAUGUUGAAGUUUUAAUUCAAAGAAUUGGACACACUUUUGAACUAAAUGAGGAGAUAUGUUUUCACCAUGAAAAAGCCUAUAUUUCUAGAUAUGAAGCGCUUCAAAAAUACUGCUGUGAUCCGUUUAAAGUCCACAAGAAAAAAAUUAUUAAGGGAUUGUGUAAAGUCAAUAUUUUAACAGCAAGUCAACUUAAGAUCAAACCUGGUAAAAAACUUUGCACUAACUGUUUGAAUGAAUUCAAACUUGAACAUAUUACAGGAAAAUUUAGUCAAAAAGAUGAAGACAAAGAUGUUGAUGAUGAGGAGUUUAUUUCUUCAGACCUAAAUAAGACAGUUUUAAAUAAGAGUGCUUCUUUAAUGGAAAUAUCUCCUCUAAAAAAUGUAAGUAAACGUGACAAAUUAGAAUAUGGAAAGCAAAAAGUUAAAAAACUGGAAACAAGUAUGACAAACCUAGUAGCAUCAGCAUUGGAUAUAGACCCAAAAGAAAUAAUAUCUGAGAAAAAGCAAAAGUGCAUUAAAUGUAAUGAUUUAGACAAACUUUUAGAUUCAAUAAAGGAAAAAGGAAAAAUCAGUUUGAAUGAAAAAAAAGUUCAGUUACUAACUUGAACUCCUGAUAGUUGGUCAAUUAAAAAAACUUGCGAUGCAUUUUCAGUUUCAGACCAUCUUGUUAAGAAAGCCAGAAAGUUAAAAAAUGAAAAGGGAACACUUGCUAAACCUGAGGCUAAAAAAGGACAUCCUUUGGAGGAUAUUGUUAAGCUAAGAGUCAUUGAAGUAUAUGAAUCUGACGAUUACACUAGACAAUGUCCAGGAAAAAAAGACUUUGUUUCUGUGCGUAUAAAUAAUGUAAAAGUUCAUAAACAAAAUUGCUUAAUAUUAGUUCGUUUAAAAGAACUUUAUCUGGAAUUUAAGAAGUUAUACCCUGAACACAAAGUUGGAUUCAGCAAGUUCUGUGAACUAAGGCCAAAGUGGUGCCUUACUGUUGAUAGUAAUGGAAGCCGCUCAGUUUGUGUAUGUUCUUACCAUCAAAAUGCUAAGUUGAUGUGCUCUGCUCUUCCUAACAGCCAUUUAAUAUAUUACAAAGAUUUAAUGAAAGUAUGUGUUUGUAAUAUAGAUAGUCGAAACUGCAUGUUUCAUCUAUGUUCCAACUGCCCGGGUAAAAUAAAUUUGAAGACUUACUUGGAAAAUGUGUUUGAAAAGAAUGAUUUUGAUUUUGAUGAUCAGAUAACGUAUAAACAAUGGGUGUCAACUGAUUGAACUGCACUUAUUACAGUCCAAACAAGCAUUAGUGAAUUUAUUGAAACUUAAAGUGAAACUUUGUAUGACCUUUGUCACCACCACUUUAUCAAAGAAGCACAGUCUUUCUACUUAUCAGAGGCAAAACAAACAUUAGAUAUAUAAUAUACCUGCAUUAUUCUAAUGGAUUUUGCAGAAAACUAUAGUUUUCUUGUACAAUAUGCUAUACAAGGGUUUUACUGGCAAGCCGAUUAAGCUACCUUACACCCAUUUGCUGCUUAUUACAAAGAUGAAAAAGAUCACCUUAAAUGUGAAUGCUAUUGUUUAAUUUCUGACCAUCUUUGUCAUGACCAAUCAGCAGUCUAUUGUUUUCUCAUAAAGUUGCUCCCUAUGGUCAAAAUCAAAACAAAUCAAAGUUAAAUACUUCAGUGAUGGUGCUGCGUCACAGUAUAAAAACUACAAAUAUCUAAUAAACUUAAUUUAUCACAUUGUAGAUCACCAACUAAAUGCUGAGCAUCACUUCUUUGCUACGUCACAUGGCAAAAUGGAAUAGGAGGUACUAUAAAAAGAGAAGCAGCAAAAGCUAGUCUACGAGCAGCAAUUACAAAUCAGAUUCUCACACCACAAGAUCUGUUUACA